CCGUUUCCAGCUUCAAUCCCAGGGCCCAGUCACCUCAGCUCUCCGCUCCACGCGCCGGAACACGCCAUCGCCGUUACAGACCCGAUUCCCUUGCCAUUGGACACCCAGGAGCUUUCCAAUUCCCACAGCUCUCGUCCUCUAACCUCCUCAGUCACUAUGUCGACAUCCGUCGGGAUCAACGUCCUCCGAUGGUCCGCGCUCGGAUUCGGCGUCUUCUACGGCAUCUACUACCAAGCCUCGAUAUCCUCGCGUGACAAGCUAGAACUCGCAAAACGCGAAUAUGCACACAAAGAAUCCCUGAUUUCGCAAGCCAAGGCCGAGUGGGCAAAACAACACUCUUCACUAGCGACAUCAUCUAGCGCGAAAGUAGACCCGAACGAUCCCAACGCCGACCUAAACGCAGUCCUCGGGAUUACGGAUGAGAAAUGAGUGCGCGCCUAGAGUGAGCUAGGAGGAGAAGGGAGGUGGUUCCUUGUUCUGCAUGUGCGAUAAGGCUGGUGUACUGCGGGAUGGUGACGAGAAGAACCGGAGGAAAAGCGACGUGUACCCCUGUAUUACUUUGUGCCUACUGUACAACAUAGACUUCGCUGGAUGGGCACCUUUCAAUAUCAGACAUAAC